UGUCGACGUGGACGGAGCAGCAGAGGAACCAGGUGAAGACUCGGCUUCACAGAUCCCACCUGGACAGAAAUGUUGGCGUCAUGUUAGAGGAGACUCAGCUUCAGAUUCAAAGAUGGUGGGUGUUUCUGGUUCAUGUCUCUGAAUGACUGAAGACCAGAAGAUGGAUGAUUGUGUGGAGGAAGAGGAGGAGAGACCAGAGUCUCCAGGAUCCAUCAGUCCGUCUAUGAAGAGUGACCGGUCCAAAGGAGAACCUCUAAACUUCAGUAAAGAACCUGGACCCUCAGACAGAGAAGGGAGGAAGAGGAGAGGAGUUGGUGUGGAGGAGCAGCCGUCCAGUCAGAGCAGAACUGUACCAGCAGAUGCUGGUCUGCAGCAGGUCCUAGAUGAACAUAAGACCAGUCUGAGGAGCAGAUGUGAACAUGUGACUGAAGGAACUGAUGAAACAGGAAGUAGAACCCCCCUCAACAGGAUCUACACGGAGCUCUUCAUCACAGAGGGACUGAGUGAAGAGGUUGAUACCCAACAUGAGGUGAGGCAGCUGGAGACAGCUUCCAGGAUGAAGAGCCACCAUGACGCUCCAAUCAGGUGCCAGGACAUCUUUAAAGCCUUACCUGACCAACGUGGAGCCAUCAGAGUGGUUCUGACCAACGGCGUCGCUGGCGCUGGGAAAACCUUCUCGGUUCAGAAGUUCUCUCUGGACUGGGCCGAGGGCUGGGAGAACCAAGACGUCACCGUGGUGAUUCUGCUCUCGUUCAGGGAGCUGCACCUGAUCAGAGAUGAGCAGCUCAGUCUUCUCAGGCUGAUCCGGGUUUUCCAUCCAUCGUUCCAGAAGCUCACAGCAGAGCAGCUGGCUGCCGGGAAACCGUUGUUCAUCUUUGACGGCCUGGAUGAAAGCAGACGUUCCCUGGACUUCAACAACGGUCCGGUGGUGUCUGACGUCACACAGAGCUCAUGGGUCAACGUGCUGCUGACCAACCUCAUCCAGGGGAACCUGCUUCCCUCAGCUCUCAUCUGGAUCACUUCCAGACCUGCAGCAGCCAAUCAGAUCCCUCACAAACACGUGGACAGGCUGACAGAAGUACGAGGCUUCACCGACGGCCAGAAGGAGGAAUACUUCAGGAGGAGGUUCAGGGAUGAAGAGCGGUCCAGCAGCAUCGUCUCCCACAUGAAGACAUCCAGAACCCUCCACAUCAUGUGUCAACUCCCGGUCUUCUGCUGGAUCACUGCUACAGUUCUGGACCACAUGUCGACCACAGAGCAGAGAGGAGAGCUGCCCAAGACCCUGACUGACAUGUUCUCCCACUUCCUGCUGGUCCAGAUGAAGAGGAAGAAGAACAAGUACCAGGAGGGACAUGAGACGAGUCCACAGGAGCUGACGGAGGCCGACAGGGACCUUCUCCUGAAGCUGGGGAGGCUGGCGUUGGAACAUCUGGAGAAAGGAAACAUCAUGUUCUACCAAGAAGACCUGGAGCAGUGUGGUCUUGAUGUCCCAGAGGCCUCGGUGUACUCAGGAGUUUGUACCCAGAUCUUCAGGAGAGAGUGUGAGGUCUUCCAGAAACCCGUCUACUGCUUUGUUCAUCUGAGCAUCCAGGAGUUCCUGGCUGCAGUCUACCUGCUCCACUGUUGGUCCACCAGAAACACAGAUGUGCUGAAGAACUUCCUGGGAGAUGACUACUACAUAUACUCAUCUCUGGAUGAGUUCCUGAAGACAGUCAUGGAGAAAUCCCUGAAGAGUAAAAAUGGCCACCUGGACCUGUUUGUCCGCUUCCUUCAUGGUCUUUGUGUGGAGUCCAACCAAAGACUGUUAGGAGUUCUGCUGGACCAGACGGAGAACGAUCCAGAAACCAUCCAGAGAGUCAUCAACAACCUGAAGGAGAUGAACACUGAGAGAAUCUCUCCUGACAGAAGCAUCAACAUGUUCCAGUGUCUGGUGGAGAUGAACGACCUCUCAGUUCAUCAGCAGAUCCAAGAGUUCCUGAAGUCAGAGAACAGAUCAGAGCAGGAACUCUCUGAGAUCCAGUGUUCAGCUCUGGCCUGCAUGCUGCAGAUGUCGGAGGAGGUUCUGGAUGAGUUGGACCUGAGCAAGUACAAGACAAAACCAGGGGGUCGACGGAGACUGAUUCCAGCUGUGAGGAACUGCAGAAAGGCUCGAUUGGUUGGUUCUGAACUCUCAGAGACUGAAUGUGAAGUUGUUGCGUCCGCUCUGAAGUCCAACCCCUCCCAUCUGACAGAACUGGACCUGAGUAAGAACCAGAAACUGCAGGAUUCAGGAGUGAAGGUUCUGUCUGGUGGACUGGAGAGUCCAAACUGUAGACUGGAGACUCUGAGAUUGCAGGACUGCAGGUUGUCAGAGAUCAGCUGUUCUUAUCUGGUCUCAGCUCUGAAGUCCAACCCCUCCCACCUGAAACAUCUGGACCUGAGUCUGAACCAGCUGCAGGAUUCAGGAGUGAAACAUCUGAGUGGAUUUCUGGAGAGUCCAGACUGCAGACUGGAGACUCUGAGGUUGGAGGGCUGCUUGUUGUCAGAGAUCAGCUGUUCUUCUCUGGUCUCAGCUCUGAAGUCCAACCCCUCCCACCUGAAACUUCUGAAACAUCUGGACCUGAGCUGGAACCAGCUGCAGGAUUCAGGAGUGAAACAUCUGAGUGGAUUUCUGGAGAGUCCAGACUGCAGACUGGAGACUCUGAGCUUGCAGUGCUGCGGUCUGUCAGGGAUCAGCUGUUCUUCUCUGGUCUCAGCUCUGAAGUCCAACCCCUCCCAUCUGAAACAUCUGGACCUGAGAUUCAACUACCAGCUGCAGGCUGCAGAUGUGGAGCAGCUGUCUGGUCUGGUGCGGAGUCCAGACUACCAGCUGCAGACUCUCAGGUGGGAGCGCUGCAGUUUGUCAGAGAUCAGCUGUGAUGAUCUGGUUUCAGCUCUGGAUUCCAACCCGUCUGAUCUGGAACAUCUGGACCUGAGUAGGAAGGAGCUGCCGGAUUCAGAUGUGAAGCAGCUGUGUGGUUUCCUGGGUGCUCCAGACUGCAGACUGGAGACUCUGAGUUUGCAGAGCUGCAGUCUGUCAGGGAUCAGCUGUUCUUCUCUGGGCCCAGCUCUGAAGUCCAACCCCUCCCAUCUGAAACAUCUGGACCUGAGCUACAACAACCUGCAGGAUUCAGGAGUGAAACAUCUGAGUGGAUUUCUGGAGAGUCCAGACUGCAGACUGGAGACUCUGAGAUUGUGGAAAUGCAGGUUGUCAGAGAUCAGCUGUUCUUCUCUGUCAGCUCUGAAGUCCAACCCCUCCCAUCUGAAACUUCUGGACCUGAGUCACAACGACAACCUGCAUGAUUCAGGAGUGAAACAUCUGAGUGGAUUUCUGGAGAGUCCAGACUGCAGACUGGAGACUCUGAGGUUGUGGAACUGCGGUCUGUCAGGGAUCAGCUGUUCUUCUCUGGGCUCAGCUCUGAAGUCCAACCCCUCCCAUCUGAAACAUCUGGACCUGAGUGAGAACAACCUGCAGGAUUCAGGAGUGAAACAUCUGAGUGGAUUUCUGGAGAGUCCAGACUGCAGACUGGAGACUCUGAGAUUGCGGCGCUGCAGUCUGUCAGGGAUCAGCUGUUCUUCUCUGGUCUCAGCUCUGAAGUCCAACCCCUCCCAUCUGAAACAUCUGGACCUGACCAAGAACGACCUGCAGGAUUCAGGAGUGAAACAUCUGAGUGGAUUUCUGGAGAGUCCAGACUGCAGACUGGAGACUCUGAGGUUGGAGAGGUGCAGUUUGUCAGGGAUCAGCUGUUCGUCUCUGGUCUCAGCUCUGAAGUCCAACCCCUCCCAUCUGGAACUUCUGGACCUGAGAUCCAACAACCUGCAGGCUGCAGAUGUGAAGCAGCUUUCUGAUCUGGUGGAGAGUCCACACUACCAGCUGCAGGAUCUCUGGUGGGGAUAUGAUUAGAGUGCCCGGGACGGAUGAGUCGUGUCCUGAUCGUCCUCAGAGUUGAAGCAGCACCAGUUUGUGUGGACAAACUCUGACUGGACCGUGAUGAAGAUGAAGAUGAAGAUGUACAUAGUUUCUGAAUUUCAGAGUUUUACAAACUGCUCAUAUAUUAAUGUAUUUCAUGUUAAGUAAAAAAGCCUUUAUUGUUAUUAUAUUCUUGUUAAAAAACAGUACAUAAAAAUGUAGCAUGUAAUUAGGGCCCGAGCACUGACAGUGCGAAGGCCCUAUUGUGCCUGUAGGAAGUUUUUUUUUACUCGUUUUUAUUGUUCCGACGAAAUUAUGGCCUUUUUUCCCCUAAACGUGCCCCAAAAGUCACCAAGUUUUGCACGCAAGCCAGGCCUGGUGAAAAAUGCAAAAUUUAAUGGUUUGCAGUAAUGAGCGUGGCCUAAUGGCUCAACAGCGCCCCCUAGAAAACUUUGUGCCUCAAGCCCCACAAUACGGUUUGACUUACAUGCACCAUGUCGGUCCACACCUGUAUCAUGGCACAACUUAGAGAAAAGUCUCUUGGCGACAUGGCUGAAACCAAACAGGAAGUCGGCCAUUUUGAAUUAAUCGUGUCAUUUUGGCGAAAUUUAUGCCAUUUCUUCGGCAGUUAAUGCGGCCCGAACCGUAACGUGCACCCAGGUGUGUUAUACAUCAAAAUGUGCAUCUCCAUCCUGCAACGACGCGCAUUACUUUUCUCAGUCAAAAGCAUUACCGUGGCGACGAUAGACGCCAAAAAGCGCACCCCCCCUUCUUCUGAUUGUUCGAUAUCUGAUAGUUCCUACUUUCUGCCAUAAGUUUUGAAUGGUUUGACAUAGAGAGUCGUGGGUGGUGUCAUCUACUAAAUGUCCAGGCCUGAAGAAUCUACAUGAAGUCAUACAAGCUUCCACUGCAGCCUGAACCUGCACAAGGGUGGAGGAACGUUCAUCGCUGCUUUAAUUUGAACUUGAGGUUCAUUCGACAAGUGAGCACUUUGUCUAAAUUCUGGAUGAGUUCUAGUUUGUAGGUUCCUAUUACUAAUGUAAUGAUGGAUAAAUGUUUAUCUUUUAUAUUUUUAUUUACAUGUUUCCGUUUCAUUCCAAGUUUUCCUUUUGUUGUUGUCGUGUUUUCAGCUCGUCAGGUUUUUAAAGUUUCUCUCCGCAUCACUGAUGAAGAGAAAGACUGAAGAGAUCCGUGGAAAUAACAGCGUUUGUUCCUGAAACACGAAACACAAAUGAACUUGAUUUGGUCAAUGAAUGUUCCUCAGAGUUUGUUCCAGUAAAUAUUGUAAAUGUUAUCUGGAUAUUAAGAUGAUUGUUAACACUUCAAAGAAAGUCAAAUUCUUCAUUAAAACUUGGAUCUUUUCUCUUG